AUGUUGCUGCAAAUAAUGAGAGCCCAAAGUUCAGAAACUACGUUGACUUUUGCGAAAUAUGACCACAUAUCGGAGAAGGGUGGAAAUAAAAAGAAUAAAUUCGGACGUUUAGGCCCUUAUCUGUCAAUAGUGCCAUGGGGGUUCCAUCCUCAUAUUGCUAUCCUCAGAGAUUUUGCGGGAUACCCAUCAUUAGAUUUGGAUUGCGAACUUGAGCAAGGUGAUGAUGAGUCGUACUUAAGGAGCUUGAACCCGAAAAAUUGGAAGCAACAAGACCAUUAUGCUGUAUUAGGACUUAAAAAUCUACGAUAUUCUGCAACUGCUGAUCAAAUAAGAAAAGCUUGUAAGCUUAGUUGA